AUGUCGACCAAAAUAAAUAAAGGGCCAAUCUUUCUCCUUCCCUCUUGCGCAUUUGCAUUUCCCAACUCUUCUUCCUUCUCUCUCUCAAACGCCUUCUUUUCUCAAGACAUCUGAAGCAUUAACGCGGACUUAUUUACAGGAAUACAGCCUCUGUCAAUGGCUACAAAAGUCUAUGUUGUUUACUAUUCCAUGUACGGACAUGUUGAAAAACUAGCUGAAGAGAUAAAGAAAGGAGCUGCUUCAGUGGAAGGAGUGGAAGUGAAACUGUGGCAGGUACCUGAAACACUGUCAGAAGAGGUACUUGGAAAAAUGGGUGCACCAUCAAAGAGUGAUGUACCUAUUAUCACUCCAAGCGAGCUAGCUGAGGCAGAUGGGAUUCUUUUGGGUUUCCCCACUAGAUUUGGAAUGAUGGCUGCUCAGUUCAAGGCAUUUAUGGAUGCAACUGGAGGGCUAUGGAGAUCACAAGCACUUGCAGGCAAACCUGCAGGAAUUUUCUACAGCACUGGUUCUCAGGGAGGUGGACAGGAGACCACUCCGUUGACUGCCAUCACUCAGCUUGUUCACCAUGGAAUGAUCUUUGUACCCAUUGGGUAUACAUUUGGAGCCGGCAUGUUUGAGAUGGAGGUGGUGAAGGGUGGGAGCCCUUAUGGUUCAGGAACCUAUGCCGGGGAUGGGUCCAGACAGCCUUCUCAGCUAGAGCUUGAGCAAGCUUUCCACCAGGGAAAAUACUUUGCUGGCAUUACGAAGAAAUUCAAGGCAGCUGCUUGAUUUUCUUUCUCACCCAAUUUGUCUUGAUCUUGCUACAUGUACCCUUAAAAUUUUUAUUCUGUUCCUAAUAAAGACUGCAGUUCAUGUUCUUGUGAAGAAUAAUGUGCCUUUUGGAUUAUGUUGUCCAUGAGCUUACUGUUCUUCCAUCAUAACAAGGCACCUACAAUUGCAAAAUUAUUUUGGGCAUUGAUCUGAAAUGUCAGUUUUCCUA